AGAGAGAGAGAGAGAGGGACGUUGCAUAUUUUUGAUACGCUUGUGGUAGAAGGACCAGAUCAUCGCAGCCACCAUCCCAUCUCAUCAAGCCGCAAGCCGCGCGCUGCAGUAGUACACGAACGGAGCGUGCGCAAAAGGCGGCGUUUGCUGGUUUAGGCUGGGAGCUGGUGGGAGAGGACCGGAGACAGCGUGAACGCCGCUUGGAAGGGGUCUAGCACCAGGAAAGCAUCCGAUUCUUUUUACCUGGUGGAGAAAAUAAGCAUCCCUCGCAGUUUCUGCUUAACGGACAGAGAGCCAACCCAAGCGGUCCGGUAGAGACAGAGGACUGCACCAGUGGAGGACAGAGGGUGUUAGUGGACCCACACAGCUGUGAGGCGGGCGUGGAUGUGCUGUGGGUUGGAGCUGCUGUCCUGACCGAGGAGAGGGACGUGUCUUUGACGAGAGACGCAGAGGGAGACACGGUUCGGCCAUGAACAGGAAGAGGAAGUACGAGCUGCUCGGGGGGCCCGCGCUCGUGCUGGUCCUGGGUCACAUGAUCUCAGCGCUGGAAGUGCCUCUUGACCUUCUGGAAGGAUUUCCCCAGCCACCGACUAUAACUAACCAGUCGCCGAAAGACUACAUCAUCGACCCGCGAGAAAACAUCGUCAUCCACUGCGAGGCCAAAGGGAAGCCCCAUCCCAGCUUUUCGUGGACCAGAAACGGGACGCACUUCAACAUCGACAAGGACCCGCGGGUCACCAUGAAGUCCGACUCGGGGACCCUGGUGAUCGACAUCAGCCGGGAGAGGGCGGAGGUGUACGAGGGGGUGUACCAGUGCAUCGCCCGGAACGAGCAUGGGACCGCCGUCUCCAACAACAUCGUCAUCCGCCAGUCCCGGUCCCCCUUGUGGUCAAAAGAGAGAAAUGACCCAUUCGUCGUGCAGGAGGGCGUGUCCCUGAUUCUGCCAUGUCGGCCCCCGGCCGGCCUUCCCCCGCCAAUCGUAUUCUGGAUGGACAACAAUUUCCAGAGGCUUCCCCAAAGCGAACGCGUGUCCCAGGCCUUGAACGGAGACCUGUACUUCUCCAACGUGCUGACGGAGGACACCCGCAACGACUACAUCUGCUACGCCAGGUUCCCGCACACGCAGACCAUACAGCAGAAGCAGCCCAUCACCGUGAAGGUCCUCAACGUGGAUGCAAUCAAUGAGACAAUGGCAGCUUUAUUGAAUGACACUGAUUUUUUUGGUGACAGCCCAGUGGGGGAGCGGCGGCCAUCUUUUAUGCUCCCACCGGGGUCCAGGAGCACCAAGAUGGUCCUGAGGGGCGAGGACCUGGAGCUGGAAUGCAUCGCCGAGGGCCUGCCGACCCCAGAGAUCUCCUGGAGCAGGGAGAACGCAGAGCUGCCUAGCGACAGGACGUCCGAUCACAGCUUCCAGAAGACUCUGAAGAUUGCCGAGGUGACGGAGGCGGACGCAGGGGACUACCGCUGCACGGCCAGCAAUGUCCUGGACACUGUUCACCACAUCAUCACCGUCAUCGUGAAAGCUGCCCCGUACUGGAGAAAAGCCCCCAAAAACCUGAUUCUGGCACCCCGUGAGACGGGCGUUCUCACCUGCCAGGCCAAGGGGAACCCCAAGCCCACAGUCACCUGGUCCAUGAACGGGGUGCCCAUUGAGAAUACACCCAAAGACCCCAGCAGGACGAUUGAUGAUGACACCAUCACCUUCUCCGACGCCCAGACCGGGUCCAGUGCAGUGUACCAGUGCAACGUCUCCAAUGAAUAUGGAUAUUUGCUGGCCAACGCAUUUGUCAAUGUCCUCAACGAACCUCCGAGGAUCCUGACAUCACUCAACCAAGUGUACCAGGUGAUCCGUGACACCCCGGCCCUGCUGGAUUGUGCUUCUUUUGGGUCUCCCAUACCGAACAUCACAUGGUUUAAGGAGGGCGAGAAUAGGGUCCUCUCCAAGGACCCGUACGGCCUGCACGAGAACGGAACGUUAGAGAUCCACGAGGCUCAGCCCCUCAACAGUGGCCGGUACACCUGCGUGGCCACAAAUGACCUGGGCAAGAAGGAGAACCACGUCUACCUGGAGGUCAAAGAGCCCACCCGUAUCGUGAAGCAAGACGAGCACAAGGAGGUGGAGAGAAACAAAAACGCGGUCUUCGAGUGCAGGGUGACCCACGACCCCUCCCUGAUCCCCACCGUCACCUGGCUGAAGGACAGCGGAGAGCUGCCCGACGACGAGAGGUUUGUGGUGGACUCCGACAGCCUGACCAUCACCGGGGUGACUGAGGAGGACGAGGGCGCGUACACCUGCAUCAUGAACACUACGCUGGACCAGGACUCCGCCACCGCCAUCCUCACCGUCGUCGAGGCUACCCCACCUCCACCUAUCGUCUACGAACGACCGGACCCGCCCACCGACCUGGAGCUGACGGACCUGCAGAGCCGCAGCGUCCAGCUCACCUGGACACCUGGAGACGAACACAACAGCGAAAUCCAGAGCUUCCUCAUCCAGUACGAGGACGCGCUUCACCAGCCCGACGUGUGGCUGAACCUCACCGACGUCCCGGGGUCCAAGACCACCGCCCUGCUGGACCUGUCCCCCUACGCGCACUACGCCUUCCGGGUCCUGGCGCUCAACAAGAUGGGCCUGAGCCAGCCCAGCGCCCGGUCGCAGGAGUACAGGACCGCGGGGGCAGCACCCGAUGAAAACCCUACUGGAGUGGAAGGUGUAGGAACCGAACCCAACAACAUGGUGAUAUCAUGGAAGCCCCUGACAGGCCUGCAGUCCAACGGCCCCGAGCUGCAGUACAAAGUCAUCUGGAGGCUGAAGGACGUGGACAACGACUGGUCCUCCGUGACGGUGGCCAACGUGUCCAAGUUCGUGGUCUCGGGGACGCCCACCUUCGUCCCGUACGAGAUCAAGGUCCAGGCGGUGAACAAGUUCGGGAGCGGCCCGGAGCCGGAGGUGUUCCUGGGCUACUCUGGAGAGGACAUGCCCACGGUCGCCCCCGGCAACAUCAGGGUCCAGGUGCAGAACAGCACGCUGGCGGAAGUGCACUGGGACCCCGUCCCUCCCGAAACGGUCCGGGGGCGACUGAAAGGCUACAGGGUGCAUUACUGGAAGGAAAGGAGUCUGCACAAACAGCACCCACACCUGGAGGAGCAGCAGGUCCUGACCUUCAGCAGAAAUAAAACCCACGGCAAGCUGCCCGGCCUCCACCCCUACAGCCUCUACACCUUCAACGUCCGGGCCUUCAACGGGAGAGGGGACGGGCAACACAGCACCAAUCAGCAGUUCAAGACCCCCGAGGGAGUGCCCGGACUCCCGGCCCUCCUGAGGGUUACCAACAUCCACCUGGACUCUGUGACUCUGGAGUGGGAGCCUCCAUUCGAGCGCAAUGGGCUCCUGACGGGAUACACACUCAGAUACCAGCCCAUCAACAGCACCAGCGAGCUUGGGCCGCUGGAGGAAGUGACUCUCCUGCCCAACGAGACUUCCUUCACUCUGCAGAAUCUGAAGCCCAUCACCCGCUACAAGUUUUACCUCCACGCAAACACGGCACAAGGCCCGGGACCUGCCAGGACAGAAGAGGCGAUUUCCAUUAUGGAUGAGGCUUUAAUGGGAAAGCCCGCAGUAGAAGUGGGCAAAGGGCGUACAGAACCCCCUCAUCCAAUCUCACCAAUCACACAGUCUCCGCGCCCUACAUUUCGCAAGGUGCCUCCUGCCGUUCCGGCUUUUGGGAACGUUAGCUGGUCCGUCAGGGAGAACGGAGCCGUUAUCAAUUGGGAAUACUGGGGAGCCGAUAAGAGCGUUUAUGUUGAAUAUGUCGUAGAAAACAGUAAAGAAGAUUGGAAAAGAGAGUAUGUUAAUGGCUCCCAGACGUAUCAGAUAGAAGGCUUAAAGCCGGGAACUUCGUAUAGAGUGCGAGUUGUCGCUAGAGAUCAGUCCGACGCGAUCGUGCACAGUACAGAGGAUUUAUCGAUUACGGUUCCAGCCAUGGCGAGCCGGCAGGUGGACAUCGCCACGCAGGGCUGGUUCAUCGGCCUAAUGUGUGCCAUCGCCCUGCUCAUCCUGGUGCUGCUCAUCGUCUGCUUCAUCAAGAGGAACAAGGGGGGCAAGUACCCGGUGAAAGAAAAAGAGGACGCUCACGCAGAUCCCGAAAUCCAGCCAAUGAAGGAGGACGACGGAACCUUCGGGGAGUACAGCGACACCGAGGACCAUAAGCCCCUGAAAGGGAGCCGCACGCCAUCCAACGGGACGGUAAAGAAAGACGACAGUGACGACAGUUUAGUUGACUACGGCGAGGGCGGAGACGGGCAGUUCAACGAGGACGGGUCGUUUAUCGGGCAGUACAGCGGGAAGAAGGAGAAGGACACCGCCGAGGGGAACGAGAGCUCGGAGGCGCCCUCCCCCGUUAACGCCAUGAACUCCUUCGUGUAACCAAGGGGUUGGGGGAGAAAAAACACACACACACACACACACACAGGGGAGUUGCCGUAGAAACUGUCCACCCCCUCAUCUCACUCGUCGUCUCCAUGGCACUAUGACCUUUGACCUCUCAUCACAUGAUCAUUUACUGUUGAAAAAAAAAAACAAAACAAAACAAAGACAUUAUCCGCCUAAAAACAACCAGUGACACAGAUGUUCCAAGAGCCCCGCGGAAGUGACACGGGAACCUGGAAGAACGUGAGCAGGAGCGGAGAGAACGGGAACGCAUACAGUAACUGCAGUUUUAUCGUUUGCAAACAUGUAUUUUCUCAACACGUCCAACCGGGGCGAUAGGUCUGCAUUAAAAACCGGGCGUCUUUUUUCAUCUGCUUCUAAUAUAGUGCAUGGAAACCGUAAUCUUCUCUCCACACAUUAUAACACACAGAGAAUUUUUUUUUAAAAUAUAGUGUAUAACGUGGAAACAGUGAUUCAUUUUGACUAUACGGUGCACAUCUGAAUUACUGGGUAUGCCUUUUGUUAUAUUGUAAAAGUGUUUUAUUGGUAUUAUAUAAAAAAAGGCAUCAAUGUCUUUGUGGACAUUGUUGUGAAAUGCGUGACUACAUGUAUAGCUAUUAUUAUAUGUCUUUUUUGCAAGACAGGAGCUUUGUUUGUAUAUAAUUGCAGAAAAAAAUAUAUAGAUUGGAAAUUGGUUGUGUUUAUGUAUUGGGCUUUGAUCUCAGUAUAUGAAAAUACAGUACUCUGUUGUCGCACACCUACAUACGCAACACCAUGUCUGAUUCAGGUUGUUUGAUAUUUAUGUUUUAUUUCAUCAUUGUUGUCAUUGACAUCUGAAAUGUUUUCAUGUUGCAAUUGCACUAAUGAAAAUGGAGGCUAUAAGUCUGCAUGUAAAACCCAUCUAAUCUCCCUGUUUCCAUGGCUACGCCCUGCAUAUAUGGCCAUGUUUUGGUUCCAGCACAUGUGCAUGGUGAUGUAAAGAUUUUUCUUUUAAAAAAACACAACACGCUGUACAGUAACCACCCAGCUCCCUGCCUUCCCUGACCAGAUGUGAUUGUGUCACACAUGUUCAAACACACACGCACGUUUUAGUCCUGUGCGGAGACUCGACUGGUUGUGUCACACAUGUUCAAACGCACACGCAUGUUUUAGUCCUAUACAGAGACCUGUCUGUUUGUGUCACACAUGUUCAACUGUACAUGUGUUUUGGUCCUGAACAGAGACUUGUCUGUUUGUAUCACACAUGUUCAAACGUACACACGUGUUUUGGUCCUGACCAGUGGCUCAUCUGUUUGUGUCACGUGUUCAAACGUACACACGUGUCUUGUUGAUGUCACUGAAUGUGGGUGGUGUGUGGUGCCCUUCAGUAUAUAGUGCCUUCAUAGGGAACAAUGUGCUAGAAACAUUUACAAAUCAGUUAAUUCUUUUGGACACGAAGGACAGAAAAUGUGAACAGAAUUUUAAGAAUGAUAAUUGUACAGUUAGUCAUCCAUUGAAAAGGUCUCAGCUCACGGAGAACGUUCAUAAUCUAAAGCUGAAAAUGAGUGAUGUGUAGGCCUUUAAUCUCCAUUGUUUUCAACAGAAACCUACAGUGAUUCCCAUCGCUUCUCUCUACAGAAAAGGGGAAAUUUGGUGGGGAGACUUUUUCAGUCAAACAGCUUAAAACUACUGCCAACUUGCCAGUAAACUGCCAUUUUAGGCUAUUCAAGUGGCAUGCCAAAAUUGAACCAUCUUCAGAACGUUCGUUUUUCCAUAGUGCGGGUUGUCUAUGCAGUGGGUUCCGUUUCGUCGAUUGUGUGCAAGUGUUCCAUCGCACGGGACCAGCGGUAGCUGUUGUCAAAUCAAGUGAAUUUUAUUUGUAUAGCGCUUUAUACGGACAACUGUCGCAAAGACGCUUUACAGAGUAGCAGAAAAAUAAAAGGAUACACAGUAGGCUACAGGUGGCUCGGAUUCGGCCUAAAUACUGUUCAACCUUGGUCAAAGUCAGGAGAAUUGUGGGUGAAAAUUCCGGAAGCUCAUGACGUGCUUUGUUUCAUAACUUGCAUCAAGUUUUAAGUUCAGUUGUAUGUUUUUAAUGUGUAGAUAUUUGUGUUGAAUUUUGUAAAUAUGCCCAACUUGACUGUAAAAUCAUUUAGGCCACAGAAGAGAAAGAGAGCGACAAGCACAUGCUACUGUUUAAAAGAUAUGGCCAGUGGGGGUAUGAUCUACCUUAAAAUUUUAAUUUGCUCUGAAUUUUUGUAUAUUCAUAACUCGCACGAAUGGUAAGACACUCACAAACUAAUCUUGUGGCCAGAGAACAAUUCCCCCCAAUCUUCAGGUGGUGUUUCUUUUGUCCGCCGUGAUUGUUUGUCUUUUGACGGUACAGGCGCCGAUUUUGCAAAUAAAAGAAAACAAAGAAUCCGUGCAACUCCUCGGAUGGUUCUGGAAGAAGAAACGCGACGGAAUCUCAGAGUGCGGGUUCCCUGGGAAACGUGUUUGCUAGCGGUGGUACGAUGUUAUGUUCUGGUUCAUGUGGCCGUGUGCAUGUUCAGUCUGCCCGGUGGAAUACUCUAUAAUAUUAUCGCAAAUGAUUUUGUAUUCUAAAUGAAAAUAAAUGUUUUGUUUCAGGAUUUCACUAACAAUUUAUUUUAUUCCUCAUUAUUAAUUUUUUUGUUUUUCAAUUUUACCUCCAUGAGUACAAGUGGAAUUCAAUCGACUGCAAAAUAUGGUUAUAAGUAUAAAUAAAUAUAUCUAGCACA